AUGUCCAAGACCGACCACAAGGCUUGCCUCAUCGUCAUUGAUGGCUGGGGUAUCGCCUCCGAGGAGAGCCCCAAGAAUGGCGACGCCAUCGCCGCUGCCCAGACCCCCGUCAUGGACGAGCUCUCCAAGGACUCCAACGGCUUCACCGAGCUCGAGGCCUCAUCGCUGGCGGUGGGCCUCCCUGAGGGCCUCAUGGGCAACUCCGAGGUUGGACACUUGAACAUCGGAGCCGGCCGUGUCGUCUGGCAGGACGUUGUCCGCAUCGACCAGAACAUCAAGACUGGCGAGUUCAGCAAGAACGACGUCAUCAAGAAGACCUUUGAGAGUGCCGCUGCUGGCAACGGCCGCCUACAUCUCUGCGGUCUCGUCUCCCAUGGCGGUGUGCACUCCAAGCAAACCCACCUCUACGCCCUCCUCAAGGCCGCCAAGGAGUACAACGUCCCCAAGGUCUUCAUCCACUUCUUUGGUGAUGGCCGUGACACCGACCCCAAGUCGGGCGCCGACUACAUGCAGGAGCUUGUCGACACCAUGAAGGAGCUCGAGAUUGGUGAGAUUGCCACCGUCGUCGGCCGAUACUUUGCCAUGGACCGUGACAAGCGCUGGGAGCGAGUCGAGAUUGCCCUCAAGGGUCUGUGCCACGGUGAGGGUGAGGCCUCUGAGGACCCCGUCGCUACCGUCCGAGCUCGAUAUGAGCGUGGUGGUGAGAAGGACAGGGAUGAGUUCCUCACCCCCAUCAUUGUUGGUGGUGAUGAGCGCCGCAUCAAGGACGACGAUACCGUCUUCUUCUUCAACUACCGAUCCGACCGUGUCCGUCAGAUCACCCAGCUUCUCGGCGAUGUCGACCGAUCUGUCCUCCCCGACUUUGAAUACCCCAAGAUCAAGCCCCUCGUCACCAUGACCCAGUACAAGGGCGACUACCCCUUCGAGGUCGCCUUUGAGCCCCAGCGCAUGGGCAACGUGCUCGCCGAGUGGCUGGGCAAGCAGGGUGUUAAGCAGGUUCACGUUGCCGAGACUGAGAAGUACGCUCACGUCACCUUCUUCUUCAACGGCGGCGUUGAGAAGGUCUUUGCCCUCGAGACUCGCGACCAGUCCCAGGAUCUCGUCCCCUCCAACAAGUCGGUCCCCACCUACGACCACGCCCCCGAGAUGUCUGCCGAUGGCGUUGCCGACCAGGUCGUCAAGCGUCUGGGCGAGCAGGAGUUCCCCUUCGUCAUGAACAACUUUGCUCCUCCCGACAUGGUUGGCCACACUGGUGUCUACGAGGCCGCCAUCAUCGGCUGCGAGGCCACCGACAAGGCCAUUGGCAAGAUCCUCGAGGCCUGCAAGAAGGAGGGCUACAUUCUCUUCAUCACCGCCGACCACGGCAACGCCGAGGAGAUGAAGUUCCCCGACGGCAAGCCCAAGACCAGCCACACCACCAACAAGGUGCCCUUCAUCAUGGCCAACUACCCCGAGGGCUGGAGCCUCCAGGACAACGAGGGUGUUCUGGGCGACGUCGCCCCUACCGUCCUCGCGGCCAUGGGCCUGCCCCAGCCCGAGGAGAUGACUGGCAAGUCUCUUCUCCAGAAGGCUUAA